ACUGUUGCACUCACACUUCACUUGACUUGCGUUUAGUAUAACUUAGUGAUUAUUCAUUAUAUAUUCAUUAUAAAUUAUAAUUUAUAUUAUAUACUCUUUGUUCCAUACAGAAGUCAGAAUCAGAUUAACAAUUUAUUAAUUUUAUCAUUUGGUUUGGUAAGUUAAUAGAGACGAUCAUAAUAACAUGGCUGCCCUUGACAGUGAUGUGGUAGAGAUUGAAGAUGGGCCUGAUGCAAGUUUUGCUGAAGAUGAUUUGGAAGUUGAGGCAACUCAAGUACCACGACCACCAAAAAAGAAGAAAAAGUUCCAAAACGAUCGUUACAACAAUGCUUAUGGGGAUUACAGUGGUGGGUAUGGUCCACCGGGCAGUGGGUAUGGCCCACCAGGUGGCGGGUUUGGUCCGCCAGGUGGAGGAUUUGGGCGCAAUUUUGGGAGAGGACCACGUUAUUUUGGGCCACCACCCCCUAUGUUUGGCCCUGGCCCUCAGGGCCCUCCACCGCUGAUGUGGGGAAGAGGAUUUGGGCCUGAAGGACCGCCGAUGCGUAGGCAACCAAUGGAUGACAGGACAAUCAGAUACUUGAUGCGAUGUGGUGUUGCGAAAGAACAUUUGAAGAAUUUGCCGCGGGACAUGCUACAGUUGAUGGAGCCUGAGUAUUGUGGUCUCUGUGGUCACAGUUUUGAAUCAUUUGCGACUUCCCGCCUUCACUACGUUUCAAAAAACCACCUUAAGAGUCAAAAGAAGUGGUUAAACCAGCAAUCGGAAGUUGAUUUCCGUCGUCCCAAGCAGGUAGCACUAAAGGCGCGCGAGCUGUACUGUGAGCUGUGCGAUGUUCACAUUACAUCCAAGAGUCACUCCGACUCGCAUUAUGCGGGAAGACCGCAUCGAGCAAUUGUCGAAGGGCGUAAGAUGCCGAAAAAUCCAUUUUUGCUGCAACCCGGAAUGGAGGAUAGAGUUUCGCAACUUAUCCGCCGGGAAAAGAAACACCUGAAGGCUGUCGAUGAGGAGGAAGAAGAGGAGAAAGUGAAGGAGGUUAAGAACACCCAGCCAGAACUGUACUGCGAUAUUUGCAAGACAUCCGUGACUUGCACCGAGCAGAUGACGAUGCACUUGAACGGCAAGAGGCAUCUCAGUAAGGAGAAGCAGCACAUUCUCCAGAUGAUGAAAGGCGGCGCUGAUGACUCCACUGCUGAUGCAACACAGGAGAAUUUUAAUGAAGAUAUGGAAGUGGCAGAGAAUGGCAAUGAAAAGGAAGAAGGGGCAAAAGAGGUUAUUGCAGAGGAUAAUUUUGACUGGGGCAACGGCAGCGGCGCCUGGGACGAAACUAAGAAAGAUGAUGAUGUUGCUUAAUAUCAAACCCUUUAUAACUUUGUCUGACUGCACUAAAAUAAAGUGACAGUUAUGUAGUCUAUGUUUCCAUUUCAUUACCAUGAUGCAUCGUAUUGCUGCUGCUGGCCGGACUCUGCAUCUGUUUCCAUAAUACAAAAUGUAUUAAGUAUUUACUUAUAAACAUAAAUAUAUAAUAUACAGAUAAAAAUAAAUCAAA